UUAUCUUUAGAUAUGGAUUUGUGCAAAUUCAUCCUUCUUAGCCUGGCUCUGGUUCAUUUCACGAGCUUUUCCGAAGCCCGAGAAUUCCAUGUCGUCGACAACAAGGCUUCAUGGCAGAUUCCCUCCUCUCCCGACACCUACGAAAAAUGGGCCGAAAAAAACCGCUUUCUAAUCGGCGAUUCCAUCGUUUUCAAGUACGACAAAAAGUUAGAUUCGGUGGUGGAAGUGAGCGGAGCAGACUACAAAACAUGCAGCAGAUCACACCCCAUCAAAUCCUAUAACGAUGGAAAUACCAAAAUUACCCUCGACAAGUCCGGCCCCGUUUUCUUGAUCAGCGGCGCCGACGGCCACUGCGAGAAGGGGCAGAAGGUGGAGAUGAGAGUUCUCUCCGCCAACCACCACCCUGCUGCGGCUCCCUCUCCAUCUGUUCGAAAUGGCAGCCACCACCAUGCCCCCGCCCCUGCUCCCGCGCAUCACAGUGGCAGUGAGAUGCUUCGAGCCGGUGUUUUCGUUGGCGCUGCGAUGGCAAUAAUGUUUGCUCUUGUUUAGGGUUUUGGAAUGGAUUUGUUAGUAAAAGUUUGGUUGUUUGUUUCAUGAAUGGUAUGUUCCGUACUUUUUCAA